GGACACUUGACCUUGGAGGCCCCAGACAUGGAGAGGCUGUGCUUGCCUGUAAAGCUCCCCAGGAAAAACCCCGUCCGGAACUGCAGGGUGUUUGGACAGGAUAUCCAAGGCAGGGACUGUGGUGAUGAAGUGUCUAAGUGGAUCACCACUUUCCUGAAUUCAGAGCCCUAUCGACUGGUGCACUUUGAGCCCUCCAUGGUGCCAAGAAAGUCAAAGGACACAAUAGACCUUUUCCAACCCACAGAUGAGGUUGCCUAUCCUGACUGCAGCCCAGUCCUGAUCCUCUCGGAAGCUUCAAUGGACGAUUUAAAUAGCAGGCUGGAAAAGAAAGCUAAGAUACAGAACUUCAGGCCAAAUAUUCUUGUGACAGAUUGCAGUGCUUUUGAGGAGGACACCUGGGAGAAUAUUCUUAUUGGCGAUGCAGAGAUGAAGGGGACCGUGUGUUGUGGCAGGUGCAUUUUAACAACUGUUAACCCAGACACUGGGGUCAUGGACAGGAAGGAGCCCUUGGAAACAUUGAAAAGUUACCGCCUUUGUGAUCCAUCUGAGCGACACAUCUAUAAAUCCAGCCCUCUCUUUGGGAAAUACUUUGCUGUUGGCAAAACUGGAACAAUUCGAGUUGGAGACCCUGUGUACAAGGUGGUCCAGGAAUGA